AUGCACCUUUUACCGAGGGAAGAAGCGAAGCUCCUCCUUCACCAGGCGGGAUUCCUUGCACAGAAGCGGCUGGCCAGGGGCCUGCGGUUGAACCAGACUGAGGCGGUUGCGCUCAUUGCGUCCCAGCUGCAGGAAAGAAUACGAGAUGGGGAGCAUUCCGUGGCAGAGUUGAUGCACCACGGAAAGCAAAUGCUUGGUCGUCGGCAUGUUCUGCCCAGUGUCCCAAGUUUGCUGCAUGAAAUACAAGUCGAGGGGUCGUUUCCUGAUGGUGUUUUUCUUGUGACUGUCCACGACCCCAUCUGCACAGAGUCGGGUAACCUCGAAAACGCGCUGUAUGGGUCCUUCCUACCUAUCCCGGCAGACGAAAAGUUCCCAGAAAUAGACCCCGAGGAAUACGCGCCAGCCAAGAUGCCUGGUGCCAUCAUCGCCAAGAAGGAGCGUGUCCUCAUCAAUGAAGGCAGAGAACGCAUUCGCCUCCGCGUAACCAACGACAGCGACCGUCCCAUCCAAGUCGGCUCUCAUUACCACUUCAUCGAAACCAACGCUGCCCUCCAAUUCGACCGCGAGAAAGCUCUCGGCAAGAGGUUAGAUGUUCCCGCGGGGACGGCGGUGCGGUUCGAGCCCGGCGACACGAAGACGGUGACGCUGUGCGCUAUUGCAGGGAACAAAAUCAUAUCAGGAGGUAAUCGGUUGGCGAGUGGGUCUGUGGAUUUCGCGAGGAGGGAGGACGUCAUUUUGGGAUUGGUGCAGAAGGGCUUUGGACAUGUGCCUGAGCCUGGAGCAAUGGAGGUGGCGAUGGCGACUGAUAUGAGCAGGGAAGCGUAUAUCUCGAUGUAUGGACCGACGACUGGAGAUAGAGUACGCCUAGGAGAUACGGCGCUGUGGAUAGAAGUCGAACGUGACGAGACGGUGUAUGGCGAUGAAGUCAAGUUCGGUGGAGGUAAAACCAUUCGCGAGGGUAUGGGCCAAGCUACGAACCGUUCUUCUUCCUCUACGCUCGACCUCGUCAUCACGAAUUGCCUCAUCGUCGACUGGUCCGGGAUUUACAAGGCAGACAUUGGAGUCCGAAGCGGAAUCAUUGUCGGUAUAGGCAAAGCGGGGAACCCAGACGUCAUGGCCGGCGUCCAUCCUUCCCUCGUCAUUGGUUCCUCCACCGAAGUGAUUGCAGGCGAAAAGCUCAUCGUCACAGCAGGCGCUGUAGACGUCCACGUCCACUACAUCUGCCCGCAACAAGUCACCGAAGCACUAGCAUCUGGUACCACCACCAUGGUCGGCGGCGGCACCGGUCCCAGUGCUGGUACAAACGCCACGACGUGUACCUCGAGCCCCUUCUACAUGAAGCACAUGCUCGCUGCGACCGACGGUAUGCCCAUGAACUUCGGGUUCACUGGGAAAGGAAACGAUGCGGAAGCGACCGCCAUGGAGGAAAUCGUGCGCGCCGGUGCCCUGGGGCUCAAGUUGCAUGAAGAUUGGGGCUCGACGCCGGCAGCGAUUGAGAGGUGUUUGGAUGUGGGGGAUAAGUUUGACGUGCAGGUUAAUAUACAUACAGAUACGCUCAACGAGAGUGGCUUUGUGGAGAGUACUAUUGCGGCCUUUGGUGGGCGGACUAUUCAUACGUAUCAUACGGAAGGAGCGGGCGGCGGACACGCUCCAGACAUCAUUGUCGUCUGCGGUCUUGAUAACGUCCUCCCCUCAUCAACCAACCCGACCCGACCCUACGCGACGAACACCCUCGACGAACACCUCGACAUGCUCAUGGUAUGUCAUCACCUCGACAAAAAUAUCCCCGAAGACCUUGCCUUCGCUGAAUCGCGUAUCCGCGCCGAGACGGUGGCCGCAGAGGACGUAUUGCACGAUACGGGAGCUAUAUCAAUGAUUAGCUCGGAUUCGCAGGCUAUGGGACGCGUGGGUGAGGUCAUCAGCCGGACGUGGAGGACGGCUAGCAAGAUGAGGGAAAUGAGAGGUCCGCUUGAGGAGCUGGGAGAUGUGGACGGCGUGGAUAAUGGGCGGGUGAAGAGGUAUAUUGCGAAGUAUACUAUCAAUCCGGCUAUUACGCAUGGCAUAAGUCACGCCGUUGGACAGGUCUCUGUCGGAACUCUGGCCGAUCUCGUCCUUUGGAAACCAGAAUCCUUCGGCUCGAAGCCCGAAAUGGUGCUCAAGUCUGGUGUUAUUGUGUAUGCCCAGAUGGGCGACGCGAACGCAUCUAUCCCUUCAGUACAACCCUUCUAUGCUAAGCCAAUGUGGGGAUCGUACCCCGCCUCUGCGGCACUCAAUUCCGUCGCCUUCGUUUCCCAGAUCUCCAUAACCUCUGGUACAGUCACAUCGUACGGCCUCUCGGAACGCUUUGAGGCAGUACGCAAUUGCCGUGCGAUAAGCAAGAAGGACAUGAAGUGGAACGACGCAACGCCGCAGAUGAAGGUUGAUCCUGAGUCGUAUGAAGUGCGCGCGGACGGGGUGUUGGCAGAUGUGGCACCUGCCACAAAGUUACCGUUGACGAAGGUGUAUAAUUUGUUUUAG